AUGGCCGAAGAAUCUCCGGACGCAGAUCCGGAGUUGGCCGGAGCAGACCGGGACCCUUCGGGAAGAAUCGAAGAUUCUCCGGUGGAACCGGAUGAUGCUCCGGUAGUAGAGGGAGCUUACCCGGUGACGCCUAGCUCCAAAGCCCCCAGUACCCAUAUACCCCAGAAUCCUCGGGAAAAGAUGGCAGAACGAGCAAACCAUCCGCCACCAACCCGCAACAACCGGCCAUCCCGUGGAAUGAUCGCCACACAUGUGGAGAAGCUCCGGGAAAUGGCCACGCAGCUGUUGUGGGAAGCCAGGAGGCUGACGGGCGAGGGUCCGGACAACGCGGUCGGAGGUUGGUCAGCCGAACGGGCAGCCACCGCUUCGUUCGGCCGAAAACGGGCCAGCGGAAAACAUGGAACAAAUCUAAAAAGACACCUGAGUUCCCACCAAGAUUUAUAUGAAGAGAUGCUAAUCAAAGACAAAGUAAAAAAGAAAUCYUCCGCAAAGACCACCACUUCUGUUAUCAAAGCACAUGAGAAACUUUUUUAUUUUUCUACACCCAAGGUUAAAGUUAACAUUAAUAUGAACACUUUAAUCAGCGCCUGUGUAGAUUUAGUCACUGUCUUAAAAAAAUACAACAUUGAACCUGAUCAAAUUUAUACAAUUACAUCGGACAAUGGGGCUAAUAUGUUAAAAGCUGUGAGCUUGAUUGAAAAAUAUAUUUCCGAAUUACAACAGUCAGAUAACGAAUCAGAAAAUAAUGGUGAAAUAAAUGAGCUGAACAAUAAUGUUGAUCUUGAUGAAGACCAAAUCUCAAUGAUGCUCGCUGAAAAUACAGAAGAAUAUAAUAAUURCCUAGAUAACGAUUAUGAGCAAUCUGAAAAUAUAUUGAAUKAAAUUCAAUCAUUUCAAAACAUUGAAGGUGAUACUUCAAUAUUUACAGGUGUAUGAUGUGUGGCUCAUACCUUACAAUUGGCCGUGAUAGACAGUUUGAAAGAUAAUGGGAUUGAAAAAAUAUUAAAUAAAGUUCGCACAUUGGUUAAAAAGCUUCGAAACCAAACAUAUAUAUACAUAAUAAAAAAAGAAAAAUUAAAGUCUCCCAUACUUGACUGCUUAACUCAUUGGCAUUCAACAUUGGAUAUGUUAGAAAGAGUCAAAUAUCUUAAACAUUUUAUACAAAAUAUGGCAGCAAAUGAUUCAGAAUGGAAUCAAAUUAAAGUUAUUUCAAAAGCUUUGUUACCGGCAAAAAUAUGUACAAAAAAGUUCCAAAACUAGCAGUUGACAUUAACCGAUUUUUA